UCGCUGCGAAUGGCCAGUGAUAUUUGUUUUGACUCGGCUUUCGAACAUUUCUGGCAAUAAGCACUCAUUUGCAGAUAACCUUCAUUGUUAUUAAUCUAUCAACCACACGCAAUGCAUCCUGGGCAAAUCGAGGUCAACGAGGUCAACGGCUAUUGGACAUUUCUGCUCAGUAUCGAUUGGAAGGAUCCGUGGCUCAUUGGCCUUAUACUGGCGCAUAUCCUGACCACCACCACGGCGCUCCUCAGCCGGAACAACACGAACUUCCAGGUGUUCCUCUUCCUAGUACUGCUGCUGGCGGUCUACUUCACCGAGAGCAUCAAUGAGUACGCCGCUCAGAACUGGAGUUCCUUCUCCAAGCAGCAAUACUUCGAUAGCAACGGGCUUUUUAUCUCGACAGUUUUCUCAAUUCCCAUUCUGCUCAACUGUAUGCUGUUGAUUGGCACCUGGCUGUACAACUCCACGCAGCUAAUGGUGACUUUGAAAACAGCCCAGCUCAAGGAGCGCAUUCGAAAAGAACGCCAAAAUAAGGCUGACUCGGAGGCCACAGCGCAGCAUGGCAAAACGGAAUAGAAUAUAAGUUUAGUUUCUAGGCAGUUGAAAACACAAGCAGAGCUGUGAGAAUUGUACUUUCAGGAUAUCAUAGUCAACGAUGUUGCACUGUAGGCUUCAAAUAGAGUUUGCUGCCAUUUAGUUAUAGUUGUCUGCAAAGCUUCCGGCUUACGUUAAUAAAAUUCAAAUAAAUAUGAAAAACCAAA